AUGAAGUUCGGCCGCAAUCUGUCACAAUUCACCGUUCCCGAGUGGAGCACCUCAUACAUCAAAUACAAGUCCCUGAAGCAGCUGAUCAAGUCCGCCGCCGAGCAAAUCAAAGCGGGACAGGAAGCUGAUCUGGCUGGCUUCUUUUAUUCUCUCGACCGAAAUGUUGAAGAUGUCGAUUACUUUUACAACAAGAAGUAUGCCGAGUUCGCCCGCCGAUUAAAACUCCUCGAGGAACGAUAUGGAUAUUCGAUGGAAGGUCGCCACCCUCUAGAACCCGAGGACCGCCAUGACCUCCGCGAGGCCCUGUUGGAUUUGCGGUAUCAUUUCCGCCGCUUACAAUGGUAUGGCGAAGUCAAUCGCCGAGGGUUCAUCAAGAUUACCAAGAAAUUGGAUAAGAAGGUUGGCGCACAGGCCCAAAAACGGUAUCUGGAGACCAAGGUCGAUCCCACUCCGUUUGCUUCCAAUUCGCGGGUGUUCCAAUCCCAGGAUCGUAUCAAUGCCUGGAUGGCCAUUAUUACCGACCAGUCCAAGGCGGACGAUAAGAUUGCCGACGACGCCAGCUCGACGCAUUCUUCCCUGUCACUGAAGCGGGGUGCCACUCGCCCUUAUCUCAAUCUGCCCACUAGCGUGGUUACUGCGGUUGAUGAUUCGCUGCGCAAUGACGAUACUCAUGUCUUGCUGGAAUUGCUCGAAACGCUGAAGGUCACUGCCGAUGAGGCUGGUGACACGGUUUACCCCAGAGUCCUCAGAACCCUGAUCCAGCGCUCCAUUCUCCACCGCUCCCGGGCUGUGUUGGCUCUCCUAUUGAAACGAGUUGAUACACUGGAGGAAGAUGAUGAUAUCAACAAGCGCAAUUGCCUCCACCGUCUGGUUAUCUCCAUUGGCCGUGAGCAGCCUACGAGUGAUUCCGAGCCUGCGGCGUCCAUGGUCCUCAACUUCCCACCGGAAACAACCCGUUACAUUACUCCCGCAGCGCCCCCGACACUUCAGCCUCCCCGAGCUAUAGUAAAGGAAGAGCACAUGUCCCAACAGCUAGGACGGGAUGACUUGACUGUUACUCUGCUUUCCUUUUUGUUGGACUCACUGCGCCCUGAUCAGCGUGAGUCAUUGAUGGCGAAGGACAACGCAGGACGUACCCCUCUGCACUACGCCGCUCAGUACGGUUUCAAGGUCGUGUGUGAGGUAAUCAUUGAACACCUUUCGGAAUGGGAAAUGUUCGACGUCAGCGACGGCAUCGACGGCCCCUUGUGGCAGGAUGACGACGGUUGGGCCCCGCUUCAUCUGAGUGUUGUAGGUGGCCACCCUAAGACUACCCGCUGCCUUUUGGAUUCGGAAAAACGCAACGAGGCUUCGCAAGAAAUUGGCAAGAUCAGAAAACAAAUUUCCAAAUCCAGUGCUGUGUUGGCCCUGGCGACCAAGGCCAACUUCAUCGAUAUUGUGCGGCUCCUCGUUGAUGCCGGGGUGGAUAUCAACUACCAAGACGAGCAGGGAGAGACUGCGCUUCACGUUGCUGCCCGCUUUGGCCAUGAUGAGUGUGCGCAGAUUCUACUCGAGGGCACCAAUCACCAAAAGGCCGACACUGAGUUGGCUGAGGUUACAUACGGUUGGACUCCGCUCUUCAUUGCCUGUGUGGACGGGGCUUUAGAGGUAGCUAAACAGCUGGUUGCCGCUGGCGCAGACCUUGAACGCUUUGAUUCUUCGGGCUGGACAGCGAAGGAGCACGCCGCUCUGCGUGGUCAUCUUGACAUAGCUCGGUGUCUAGCAGAAGUCAGCCCUGGUCCUCCCGCCACUGAGCUUGAACUUUCGAUUCCCACCCCUAAUAUCUCCACCCCCAGCGCCUCUACCCCAAAUCUUACCGGCUCCGAGUCUUCAUCCCCUCCUGCCCAAUCAUCUCUUUUUGAUCGCCGAUCGAAUGCGCCUGGUCCCACCUCCGGGAGCUCUGGCCCACGCAAUGCUGAGCCUAUCAAGACAUUUGGACAUCGGUAUCUCACCAAUGAGACCAUGAUUCUGGUUAGCCUUGGAACAAUGGACAUGCGCAAACCACUUGAAACAGUCAGCCUUGACCGUAUCCCGAUGGAGAACGCCCAUGCUACCCAAUUGGACACAUCUCUGUCCAUGGUGGUUACAGCCAGCGGUGCGCACGGUGAGCCAGAGGUGAUUGACCUGCCUGUACAGGACAAUAUAUCCACUGAGCCCAUUGUCUUCCACACCAGCGAUCCCAGCAAAGUACGUCUGCUUUUCGACCUUGUCCCCACCUAUGCUGGAUCGAAGGAGAAGGUAGUUGGUCGCGGUGUCGCGCUGCUUUCUAGCAUCAAGCCUACUAUCGGAUCCCAUCGAAUCAACCUGAAGGGUGAUUCCACUGUUCCAAUUGUUGCUGCGAAUACCUUGGAGGUAAUCGGGUCCGUGACUUUCAACUUCCUUGUCAUCACUCCAUUCACACACCCCAACAUGUCAAUCACCGGCAACCAGACCUACUGGCGUUCAAUGAGCUCCACGAUGGUUAUCGGUCACCGUGGCCUGGGAAAGAAUAUGGCUAGCCGCAAUUCUCUACAAUUGGGCGAGAACACCAUCCAAUCUUUUAUCGCCGCGGCCAAUCUGGGCGCCUCCUAUGUUGAAUUCGACGUGCAGCUCACCAAAGACCACGUCCCCGUCAUUUACCAUGACUUCCUGGUCAGUGAGACUGGCAUUGAUGCACCUGUCCACACCAUGACACUAGAUCAAUUCCUGGAGUUGGGUAUGGGACGUGGGCAUGGUGGCCAAACCGGUCAGCCAAAGACCAACGGCGAACCACCGGAGCUUGGCCCACGCCAGCGUUCAAUGUCCGUCGGUGGCUCGGAAUACAACCCCGCCGAUCUUACGGAGAAGAUCAAGCACACCCGUGACUUCAAAAAGAAGGGAUUCAAGGGUAAUACCCGCGGAGAGCACAUCCAGGCCCCAUUCGCCACAUUGGAGGAGCUUUUCAAAAAGAUUCCCGAACCUGUCGGUUUCAAUAUUGAACUCAAAUACCCCAUGCUUCACGAGAGCGAGGAAGAGGAAAUGGACACAUAUGCCGUCGAGCUAAACUCAUUCGUCGAUACCAUCUUAACAAUGGUCUACGACUUGGGCGGUACUCGUGACAUGCUGUUCUCAAGCUUCAACCCUGAUGUUUGUCUACUGCUCUCUUUCAAGCAGCCCUCUAUCCCAGUCCUCUUCCUGACCGAUGCCGGUGCCUCCCCGGUCGGUGAUAUCCGCGCCAGCAGCUUGCAGGAGGCUGUCAGAUUUGCGUCACGGUGGAACCUUCUCGGAAUCGUCACUCAGGCCGAGCCUCUCGUCCUCUGUCCCCGACUCGUUCGUAUUGUCAAGGAAUCCGGUCUUGUUUGUGUUUCGUACGGAGCAAUGAACAAUAACAGUGAGCAUGUCGAGCAUCAAGUCGCAGAGGGCAUUGAUGCCGUGAUCGUCGAUUCUGUACUGGGAAUCACGAACGGUCUUAUCCAACGGCAGAACAGGGGCCUCACGCCAGGCCCGUCGCCUAUCCCCUCUGCUAUCAGCGACCAGGCCGCUGAUUCCAGCAAGGGUGCCAUUCGAGUUCCGGUGUUGGAGCCGGUGAAACAAAAUGACAUCUAA